AUGGCUGUUGGGAGUUUAGUACCGAUCGUUGUGGGGGUUGGAGAUAUCAAGAACAGAUCUCAAAAGGUCGAGGAUGCUAUCGAGCCUAUGCAACUUAUGCUCCAGGCAGCUCUAAAAGCUAUCAAGGAUAUCGGCUUAUCAGAGCCAAAAGCAAAAAUCCUACAGUCGACGAUUGAUAGUGUUUCGGUGGUGGCAACUUGGACUUGGGACUACCCCGACCUACCAGGUCUUUUAUCUGAAAACUUAGGUGUAAAACCUAGCUACAAAGUGCUAAGUGGUCAGUCGGGGAACUCUCCCGCCAAGCUGUUCGAUGAAGCCGCUCGUAGGAUUUCUUUGGGAGAGAGCAAAGUUGCCAUUGUGACAGGAGGCGAAGCUUUGGCUUCCUGUAAGUCGGGUCAUGUUCAAAGUCCACGGCAGGUACUAACAUUGAUACUAGUGGGUGCUUGUGCAGCGGCUCAUAAGAUACCCCCACCUGGUUGGACGCCACGGGACAAAAAUGCUCGUAAAAUGGAUAUCUCUGAUGUUUCCGUCAUGGGAAAAAGUACUUUUCAUUCUCUCGGUUUGCCUAUUCAAAUUUAUCCGUUAUACGAGAAUGGAUUCAGAGCUCAUCGAGGUCAAUCAAUCUCGGAAAACCACCAGGAGUCGGCGCAGUUGUACGCCUCUUUCGCAAAAGUCGCUGAGAAAAUGCCGUUGGCCUGGAACUAUGGCCAACCUGCAACUACCAUGGAUGAUAUUGGCACUGUAUCGAAGAAGAAUCGCAUGAUCUGUUUUCCUUAUCCACUUUUGAUGAACGCUUUCAACAAUAUAAACCUUGCAGGGGCAUGUAUUUUGACAUCUACCGAUUAUGCUCGAAAACUUGGGAUUCCCGAAAGUAAAUGGAUAUACCCUUUGGGCGGUGCAGGAACAAGCGAUAGCGGCAAUUUUUGCGAACGGCCUAACUUCUACUCAAGUCCAUCGAUCUCGAGAUCAUUAGAUGCAGGCUUGAAAGCGUCAGGGCUCAGCAAGGAAAAUGUUGAUCUCUUUGAUUUCUAUUCCUGUUUCCCAAUCAUCCCCAAGCUUGCUUGUGAACACCUCGGGUUUUCAAGUACGAAUCCUCCAAAGCCGAUCACGCUCCUAGGCGGGCUGACAUCUUUUGGGGGCGCGGGAAAUAAUUAUUCUAUGCACGCUCUUAUAGAAAUGGUACGACAAUUGAGAAGUGGCAAGGGACACACAGGCUUAGUUCUCGCAAACGGCGGCGUGGCAACCUACCAGCACGUCAUCUGCCUCUCUUCCCGCGCAAGAAACUCUUCAUACCCACCGGCGAACCCAUUGCCCGAAUUCCUGACCGAUGAGCCUGGCCAUGCUCCUGCUCCGGCCAUCGAUGAAAAAGCAACGGGGGAAGCAACGAUUGAGACCUACACCGUAGAAUUCAAUCGAAGCGGGGUGCCUACGCGUGGCUAUGUUGUUGGGAGGCUGAAGAGCAAUGAUCAUCGCUUUAUUGCGAACGAUGCCGACAUAGGUACGUUGCAGCAGCUCGCGAGUACGACGAAGGAGCCUAUUGGGAGGAGUGGAUGGGUGGAGACUGGGGAAGAUGGUAGGAAUUUGUUUAGUUUUCAUGGGGGUGAGAAACUGUAG